AUGGAAAACGUGAUUCAAAGUUAUCCAGUCGACGUCUGCCUCACCUGGAACAUGGAACUUAAAAUUUUAGUAUCGUUAACAACAAUUUUUUUUUAUUGCGUUGACGCGCAAGGAUUUUUCAGGAACGAAUUAUUUCCAGAACAAAUACAACAGCACGAUCUUCAAAUAGAAACUCAAAAAUUACAGGAUGAACUUCAAGCGUUGACCGUUUUUUGGCAAAACAAUCCCGGAUUAAUGUCGAGAGACGAAUUUGAUAAAAAAAGAAAUGAUCUUUUGGAAAAACUACAACAAACACAAACGAAACAACAAGAACUUCAACAAUUGUUACAAUUAAGACUCACUAGUGGUGGUCCAGACGUUGGUUUACAAUUUCAACAACAAUUUCCUCCUCUUCAACAGCCGCCAUUUUUUCAACAGCAACAAUUCAAUCAACAACCACCUUUUUUCACGUCAUCUUCGUCUUCUUCAUUUACGAGAGAAACGAAUACAUUUACAAUAAAUCAACCGGAAUUUUUAUCCUUCGUACCGCCGUGUCGAACACAAUCUGGAGAAAAUGGAAGAUGUCGACCGCUUACGCAGUGCGUUAAUUUUUACGCAGAAGUACCGGAAUUAAGACGGCAACCCUGUAAAUUAAACGAAGUCGAAUUUGGAGAAAACUUGGUACUUACCGAUGUUUUCUUAGCUCCCGUGAGGGGUGACGUUGGAGUUUUACGACCCCCACCACCACCACCGGUUGUCAUUCCACCUUUUACUCCAACCGAAUUGAACAAUGCGGGUAAUGUUGCGUUGAAAAAAUUACAAGAUAGGUUGCAAUUCGUGGCACAAUUAUUUGCAAAUAAUAUUUUCAUACCGAAUGGAACGCCGACUGCGUGGCAUUUGCAAUUUUUCAAAACCGGAAACGAUACUCUCGAGGUUGGAAACAUAGCGCAGAAAACCGUUGAAGCGAGUGUUAAUCUCGUUAACGACUUUCAGUUGAGUCCGGAUCAGGGUAGAUUCGCACUUCCGACAUUUAGUGUUCUCAACACGGUUAUUGCGGAUACUUGUCCGAGAAGUGCCAAUUGUAGACCGCAAAAAUACAGAUCGGCAGAUGGAUCCUGUAAUAAUUUACUACAAGACGGUUGGGGAAAGUCUGGAACGGCACUUCAACGUAUCAUUUCUCCAAAAUACGAAGAUGGUGUAAAUGCACCGAGAAGUAAAUCGGAAACUGGACAAGAUUUACCGAGUGCUCGAUUGAUCAGUACCGUAUUCGCGACCGACACAAAUAAUCCUCAUGAAAAUUUAACUCAAAUGGUCAUGCAAUGGGGUCAAUUUUUAGAUCACGAUUUGACACACACUCCGAUAACGAGAGGACAAGGCGGAAGUGGUAUUUCUUGUUGUCAAAACGGUCAAAACAUUGCCGAUAAUUUAAAACAUCCGGAUUGUUUUGCUAUUUCUCUCUCUAAAAACGAUCACAUAUUUGCACCUUUUGGUGAACGUUGCAUGGAAUUUGUUAGAUCACUUCCAGCUCCACGUCCGGAAUGUAAUUUCGGUCCUAGGGAACAGAUGAAUCAAAUAACCGGAUUUCAAGAUGGAUCAAAUAUUUACGGAUCUAAUUUAGGAUCGCAAAGAGAAUUGCGAGAAUUUCGUGGCGGUAGAUUAAGAAUACAAAAUAUCAAAGGAAGAGAAUAUUUACCUGAUAACGAAGAAGAAUGUGCCAACGAAAUCGGAGAAACUUGUUUUAAAUCCGAUUCUAGAGUAAACGAACAAGUUAAUUUGGCAUUGAUGCACACGAUUUGGAUGAGAGAACAUAAUAGAGUGGCUGCAGAAUUGCAAAAACUACAUCCGGAUUGGAACGACGAAGCUUUGUUUCAAGAAACCAGAAGAAUCGUCGUUGCCGAAAUGCAACACAUAACAUACAAUGAAUUUUUACCCAUUCUUUUAGGUAGAAAAUACAUGGAAAAAUUCGAAUUGACUCCGAAAGAAGAAGGACAGCCAACUUUAUACAACGAAAAUAUUAAUCCUGGAAUAACGAAUGUUUUUGCCACGGCCGCUUUUCGUUUUGGUCAUUCUUUAAUCGAUGGAAUACAAAGAGGAUUGAAUAGAUUUGGAAGCGUACAAGAAAAUUUAGUUUUACAUCAAAAUCAUUUUUCACCAUUUAUCUUAUAUAAAAGCGAAGCCAUGGAUGAUUUUAUAAGAGGUUUAACGAGUACACCGGCGCAAAAAUUCGAUCGCCAUUUUACGAGCGAGAUCACCGAUCAUUUAUUCCAAGGAGAUCUUGAUUUCGGUUUAGAUUUGGUAGCGUUAAACAUUCAAAGAGGAAGAGAUCACGGUUUGGCACCUUAUAACGAAUGGAGAAGCGUUUGUAGUUUGCCGACGUUUAAUACUUGGGAAGAACUCGCGACCGUCAUGGAACCAAACAGUGUGAACGUUUUAAGAAAAUUAUAUCCGACCGUCAACGAUUUAGAUUUAUUUAUAGGAGCCGUAGCUGAAAAACCGGAUGCUGGAGCAUUGUUAGGACCGACAUUUGUAUGUUUGGUAGGAGAUCAAUUUGCAAGAUUACGAAGAGGAGAUAGAUUUUUUUACGAAGAAGGACAACAACCAUCGUCAUUCACUUUAGAACAAUUAAAUCAAAUUCGAAAAUCAAAUCUUGCUAGAAUUUUAUGCGAUAAUUCAGACGACAUUGUUUUAAUGCAACCUUUGGCCUUUUUCAAACCUUCUUUGGUUAAUCAAAGGGUCGACUGUAGAAGUGAAUCCAUAUUAAAAGUUGAUUUGGAACCUUGGAGAAACGAACAACCGGAGGUUAAUUAA